AUGUCGGACAAGCUGACGCGUAUCGCCAUCGUGAGCACGGACAAGUGCAAGCCCAAGAAAUGUCGCCAGGAGUGCAAGAAGUCGUGCCCCGUGGUGCGCAUGGGCAAGCUCUGCAUUGAGGUGUCGCCCAAGAGCAAGGUGGCCUUCAUCUCGGAGCAGCUCUGUAUCGGUUGCGGUAUCUGCGUCAAGAAGUGCCCGUUCGAGGCCAUCAACAUCAUCAACCUGCCCAAGGACCUGGAGAGCAACACGACGCACCGCUACGGCGCCAACACCUUCAAGCUCCACCGUCUGCCCAUGCCCCGCCCCGGACAGGUGCUGGGUCUCGUCGGCACCAACGGUAUCGGCAAGUCCACGGCGCUGCGCAUCCUCGCCGGCAAGCUCAAGCCCAACCUCGGCAAGUUCGACGCCCCGCCCGAGUGGCAGGAGAUCCUGACCCACUUCCGCGGCUCGGAGCUGCAGAACUACUUCACGCGCAUCCUCGAGGACAACCUCAAGGCCAUCACCAAGCCACAGUACGUGGACAAGAUCCCCAAGGCCGUCAAGGGCACCGUGCACGAGAUCCUGUCGGCCCGUUGCGAGAAGGAGGAGAAGCUGACCCACUUCCUGAACGAGCUGGACCUGUCGCACGUGCAGGACCGUGAGAUCGAGAACCUGUCCGGUGGUGAGCUGCAGCGUUUCGCCAUCGCCGUGGUGGCUGUGCAGAAGGCCGACAUCUACAUGUUCGACGAGCCGUCCUCGUACCUGGAUGUGCGCCAGCGUCUUAAGGCCGCCCUUGUCAUCCGCUCCAUGGUGGACGACAACGCCCGCUCGUACGUCAUCUGCGUCGAGCACGAUCUAAGUGUGCUGGACUACCUGUCCGACUUCAUUUGCGUGCUGUACGGUACGCCCUCGGCCUACGGUGUGGUCACCAUGCCCUUCAGCGUGCGUGAAGGUAUCAACAUUUUCCUUGCCGGUUUCGUGCCAACGGAGAACCUGCGUUUCCGUACGGAGGAGCUGACGUUCAAGGUCUCGCAGAACGCCGAUGAGUUGGGCACGGGCGAGGGCGAUGCCAACUCGUUCAACUACCCGUCCAUGACCAAGACCAUGUACAAGAAGAAGAAGGACACUGCUUUCAAGCUGCACGUCGAGGCUGGUGACUUCACGAACUCGGAGAUUAUCUGUAUGCUUGGUGAGAACGGUACCGGUAAGACGACGUUCAUCCGUAUGCUUGCUGGCCUGCUCAAGUCGGACGAGAUGGAGGCCGCCGAAAAAGCCGGCGACCAUGACGCCAUGUCGAACUGCGCUCUGCGUUACGACACGUCCACGAUCAGUUACAAGCCGCAGAAGAUUGCCCCGAAGUUCCAGGGCACGGUGCGCGAGCUGCUGCACCGUCGUAUUCGCGAGGCUAUCGUGCACCCGCAGUUCGCGACGGACGUGACCAAGCCGCUUGCCCUCGACAACAUUAUUGACCAGGCCGUGCCCCACCUGUCCGGUGGUGAACUGCAGCGUGUGGCUAUCAUCCUGUGUCUGGGUAAGCCCGCCGACAUCUAUCUCAUCGAUGAGCCGUCCGCCUACCUGGACUCCGAGCAGCGUAUUUUGGCUGCCAAGGUUAUCAAGCGCUUCAUCCUGCACGCCAAGAAGACGGCCUUCGUGGUGGAGCACGAUUUCAUCAUGGCCACGUACCUGGCCGACCGCGUCGUUGUCUACGAUGGCCAGCCGGGUAUCGAGUGUACCGCGCACUCGCCGCAGAGCCUGCUGACGGGCAUGAACCAGUUCCUGAAGCAGCUGGAGAUUACGUUCCGACGGGACCCCACGAACUACCGCCCGCGUAUCAACAAGUACGACUCCGUCAAGGACGUGGAACAGAAGACCUCGGGCAACUUCUUCUUCAUGGACGAC